GGUGCCUUUCUUUGGCCUGUCUUGACGGGCUGGUAUUGACAUCCCCGGGUGUAUAUGUAGUGAAACGCCCCCGUAGUUCCUGCCCGGUGGUCUAACCUGUGUUGUUAUUUGCCGCAGUCGACUUGACCCUUCCGUACGACUUACAACAAGACAUCUAGCUCGCACUGACAGCGGCACGUCGGAACGCAGCCGCCCGCCCUGGAAUUUGUCUUGGAACGGUCGCGUUUUAGUCCUGCGUUCCUCACGCCGACUGUUGUAAAAAUCGCUGGACAGCGGGACGGAAUACCAGACCUGCUCUGUCACUGUGUGCCCGUGGACAACUUGGUUAGACGCCACGGCCAGCCAGCGAACAUGGAGCGCAGGACUACGGCGGUUAUCUCGACUUGUUUGCUGUUGUGUGUAUGCGGUAAGGUUGUCGGGAAUUCCACGCCCACCCCCACCCCCGUCACACCCUCAAGUUGCUACUAUCAGGGGGUGAGGUACGAACCGGGCGAAACCAUCUACGAGACGACGGGGUGUUUGGGGGGUGGCGCCAUGUGCGAUGAAGAAGGCAAUCUGAUCCAGUGGGAUAAUAUUGGAUACAAGUGCUGUUUACAUAAUGAAGAGUAUUACGAAGACGGCUCCUCGUUUGAAGACGAAAACGGAAACACUUGCCACUGCCGAGCGAGCGAGUCGGGCGAGCCCGUGCCCCCGAUCUGCGACACGACGACGACCGAGCCGCGCACGGAGACGCCUCGGAGACCUUCGGCUGUUUCCGGGUGCGACUACGACGGGGCGCAUUACGAGCCCGGGGAGACGAUAUACGACGUGCCCGGAUGUGACGGUUACGGCGCUUACUGUGAUACACACGGCGGGGGAGUGGUGUACUGGGACAACGAGGGAUACGGAUGUUGUGUUUAUGACGAAGACUUCUACGAAAACGGCGAGACCUUCACGACGUCGGACGGCACGCAAUGUCAAUGUGAGGUCGAAGACUUCAGCGAGCCCGUGCCGCCACGGUGUACCUCCCCGACCGUCUCCCCGGGGGUCGCGGGGAGGACUUCACCCCCUCAGAUCCCCAGGAUGGUAGCGGCCACCCCUACGUCUUUUCCCUUGGGCUGUGAAUACGAAGGGAGGUCUUACGCCGUGGGCGAAACCAUCAUGGACAUACCGGGGUGCGAAGGGCAUGGAGCCUACUGCGACCAAGACGGCACCGUUAUACACUGGGAUAACUUCGGCUUUGGGUGCUGCGUUCUUAACGGACAGUACUAUGAAGAUGGUGACACUUUCACGGACGCCCAGGGCCGCUCUUGUUACUGUGUGGGGAGCGACAAUGCCGACGCCGCCCCGGUCUUCUGCGGCUCAGGAGCGCCCCCUAGCCGCCGCCCUCCUGCAGCUCGCACGUCUGAAACGGACACCAGCAAUCACGUCACGAGAAACCCCGUGCAAAACGAUGGUGGGCGCAACAACAACAACGCUCCUGGCGGCUCUACGACGAAAAGCAGUGGAAGCACAAGAUUGCAUCACUGUCAUGGCCUCUUAGAACUUAUCUUGCUUCUAUACUUUCUUGUAUCACUCUAGAUAAAGAUAUCCACUUACAUCUAUAUAUGCAUUCCACGUAAGACAGUAUACUUUUUUUGUACAGGACGAAAGGAUUUGGCGUAAACUGCUAUUAGCUGCAAAAGUCCACAUUACGCGCACUGCGUAUCUAGACAGAAUGACGACUUUUGGUAUCUUCUACAAGGCUGUCAUUGACAGCUAGUGGUGGUAUUUCUCUUGUCAGUCAUAUCUACGGAAAACGCCAAAGAUACUGUUUGCAAAUAUAUUGUAUAAGAGCCUGCUUGCAUGCAAAAUGUACCAAAACUAUGCGCUUAUAAAUCUGUGCUAUGGAUGUGCAAACUUUAUUGGUGAAAUUUCAUAUUGAAAUAUUGUGCUGAAGAGAGCAGUUCGUGCAAAAGCCAUCUAUGUUCGGAUUUUAUAACAUCCACGCCUCCUUGCAAUUAUAGCGAGACACUUUGUACGUAGUACUAAAUACUCAUACAGAAUCUGCAUUGACAAAUGUAUAAUCGGUCACGAAUUACGUUCUCUUAGAAGUCACGUGAUGCACGAGUCCUUUGAUGACCAUUCAAAGGAGUCUACUUGGGGUUUUGAGCACAGGGAAUACAGUAAGAGUACAGUAAGAGUACCAAACAACUUUUGAUACCCCAGUACCCUUCAUGAGACACGACUCGUCCUGUUACGGUAAAUGAUUUGUAAGUAAGGAUAGAGCUCAGGUAUUUCCAAAUAUGGGCACGGUAUGAUCACGUGAUGUGCAGUGCUGAUGUUUUUUCCUGACAUAGUUAGGAAGUACUAGUAUAUGUGAGUUUAUAUAUGUCGUUUUCCAUUUUAUACAUAUUCAGAUAUGUCGUUUUCCGUUAAUCCAGUUUCUACUUUGGUGGUAGAUAUAGUAAAGUUUCUUCUUCCUUAUAGUACCAAGGAGCUCUGAUAUAAAAACUCCUUGAUAGUACUUAACCAUGCUCGUACAAGUACAUAUAGAGAUCAUUAUGUAUAUUAUAAUCUCUCCUCUACCUCUUUGUGUAAUGAUAUUAAUUAUCUGUCUUUUUUCGUCGGAUUAAAUCCCGUCUGUAUCAUUAUAUUCCCUUUUGAUAUGUCUUUAGUAAGUUGGUGCAGAAACGAUCACUUUUAGAUGAAACUCGUUUUCCAUGGUCCAGAAUAAUCACAAGACGUCAAACCCCUUAACGAGCCUUCGGCGAUUUUCCAAUUCCGAAAAGACCGAAAUUUUGCAGUAUGAUGGUACUGCAGAGUAGGCUCUUGUGUGUAUGUGGUUUUGACUUUCCAAAAAAAUGCACGAUAUUUAA